CAUCCCAAGCCUGUAAAGAAAUGGUGGCUGGGGUUCUAGUGUCCUGGUUUUAUGGCCCGGCCCAUGACUGGGUGGUGCAGCUGAUCCAUACAGGGUCCAGUGCCCUCAAUAACGUCAGUGAAUUUGCUGAACUUUUUCUGCAAGAGUUCAUGCAGCCAGGGCAACUAAAAAGCCUGGAUUUACUGGAGAGGGGAUUCAAUGGGAUGAACAUGGCUGACAUACCUUUCCACCUCUAUUAUGAGUGCGUGGACCAGGUAGCAUCUGCAGCUCCGUUUCAGGUUCCGGCCAACGUGGUGGAGGUAGCACCGACCUGUAUGGCUGAGGGCUACUGGAAAGAGGCUCCGCUGCGGUGUCCUACAUGCAAGAAGCUAGGUCUCCAGGAAGCAUUUUUCUGCUCAAAGAUGCUUCAAGAGCAGCUGGACAAACUGCUACACAAGAAAGCCCCUGCGGAACUACAGCCAGAGCUCAAUGUGGCGACCUCAGAGAUCCAGCUUAAGACCCACGAGGAGGUCUCAGCACCUGAGCUUCAGAAAGAGGACAACGUGGCAACCUCAGAGCUUGAACCUGAGACCCAUGAGGUGGUCUCACCCACCGAGCUCCAGCCAGAGGUCCACGUGGCGACCUCAGAACCCAAGCUUGAACCUGAGAUCCAUGAGGUGGUCUCACCCGCCGAGCUUCACCCUAGAGGACAACGUGGUGACCUCAGAGCUGCAGCUUGAGACCCAUGAGGUGGUCUCACCCACCGAGCUCUAACCAGAGGUCCACGUGAAGACCUCAGCCCAAGAGUUUCAGUCUGAGACCCAUGAGGGGGUCUCAGCUCCAGAGUCCCUGGUCGAAGAGACGGCCAACCCAGGCCCUGCUCUUGCCAAGUUCCUGACCCAGGUGGAAGAGAUGGCCAACCCAAGCUUUACUCAUGCCAAGUUCCUGUCCCAGGUCGAAGAGAUGGCCUCCCAAGACACAUUACUAUCCCCGGUCGAAGGGAUGACCAACCCAAGCUCUGCUCAUGCCAAGUUCCUGACCCAGGUCGAAGAGACUGCCAACCCAAGCUUUGCUCACACCAAGUUCCUGUCCCA